AUGGAAGCUACUACGGCAUCCCUGCUUGCGCUGGUUGGACAGUGUAUUGAUCCCGGGUUGGAGGGGAUUGUGGAUGUUUGGGAGCUAGAGGAGCGAUCUGAUUACAAAAUACUUAUAUGUGAUUGCUAUGCAACUACAGAUGCGCCGCACGAUUACACUUUAUCUCAAGUCCACCAGCAAAGCCACACUCUUUUGCUCGCUACUUGGUCGCAUGAAGAGCUGGUCUGGAUGUAG